AUGGUCGUUACCAACCGAUGCCAAAUUUCUGCCGAGGUUUCAGCACAGUUUCGAAACGACCCCUCUGGCAUGACUAACAAGAUGAGAAAUAUAAGAACUGCUGUUGGCGUCUGUGGUGUUGAUUCCAGGACCAAUGACAGUGCAGGUGGUGGUCUUGUGGUUCAUUCACCGAAACAACACGGACCCAAUACAACAGGCCUUCAGCGCGGGUAUGUUGGUAGGCAAAAUGACCAGCCUCCACACUACCGGUCUAGGAUGCCUAGCGGUCAACCAUUGGUUGAUCCGGAUAUGCAAUCCGUACCACCACCGCCUCCUCAGCCAUCUGGCCAGCACUACCCUCGAGGAUGUGCUCCCGGUCUCGGGAGUCAUGCUACCGCCUCUCCCGUAGUGUCGCCCUACGCGUUUGAUGCCUCGCCUACAGCUAUCGACGAACAGAUCCCAUAUCACACGGGUAACGCCCCUCUUCCCCCCAACUACGCUACCCCACCACCGCCUCAACAUCUACAGCAACAGCAGCAGCAGCAGUCUCGCCCAAUGAUGAUCACACGCUGCUCCAAUCAAAGUCUUCAUGCUUCCCCUUCGGAUCCCAUGCCGCGUCCGCUUAAUGAGGAAGCGUAUCUGCGUGAGGGUUGUUCACCACAAAUGUCUACGCCGACCUUCCAUCAUCCCUCGGCUCUUCCGCCUCUGCUGGGUCAGAGCAUGAAAAACGGUCCACUCCCGUCAGGUCCACAACCGAACAGUAGUCAGUCAAUUCCACUGGGUGGUUGCGGGGCACAAUCUGUCCGCCCUUUUCAGCCCACGGAUAGUGAUUACUCUGACCACAAUUCACUUCGCACUGGGCCGGCUAUCUCCAACGACAUUGAUGACGUUGUACUCCCCGAAGAUAUUGUAAACGAUGUUUUCGAACGUAAGUUUGACGUCCUUUCUUUUUCUCGGUCUUAUCUACCACUUUUGAUCCAAGUAUUUGUUACCGAAGUCCUUGCCUGCCUGUACUUCACAUCAGAGUACGUUUCAGCUGAAUUGGCAAAAUGCAUGCCCUUAUUUGCUUGUAAAACAGAUGUACGUUAA